UGGACAGAUAUAAAACAUUGACAUUGGGCAGGCAGAGCAUCAGUCGACCCCAGCAGCUCAGACAGUUCAAAGUAAAAAUGAAGCAGUUCGUCGUUCUAAUGUGCAUGGUGGCCCUCACGGCGGCAGCUCCCCAGGGAUACAAGUACCAACCGCAGCUACCAUCCCUUCCCAUUGGCAAUCUCCGUCCUCAGACACCUAUUUCACCAAGUGGAAUAUACUCAGGUGGCACCGUCUCCUCUCUCACUCAGCUCGGUGUUCAGGCGGCGAUCGGUGCCCAGGCUCAGCAGCCAGUCAUUCAAUCCGUGCAGACCAUCGCUGCCGCUCCUGCUCCUGCUCCCGCUCCUUUGCCGCUAUCUCUGCCAAGGCAGCCCUUUCUUGUUGCUCCGCCCCAACCAAACCUGAUCAGCACUGUGCAGCAGCAGCCUCAGCAAAUCGUGUAUCAGCAGCAGCCGCAGCCGCAGCAAGUCCUUCAGACCCAGUUCGUCCAGCGCCCGGCUAUCGUCACCAAGGACAUUUACAUCCACUCCGCCCCCGAUGAGAAUGAGGAGCUGCGGCAGGACGAGCCACAGCUGGAGAAUGUGCCCAUUCGCAAGAACUACCGGAUCGUCUUCAUAAAGGCUCCAACCCAGAAUCUGAAGUACACCGCCGCGGCCCUGAAGCGGGCUCAGUCAAGCAACGAGGAGAAGACCGUCAUCUACGUGCUCUCCAAGAAACCCGAUCUCACCGAGAUCCAGCAGCAGCUGCAGGUCACCCAGUCUGAGUCCAAGGUUCAAAAGCCCGAGGUCUACUUCAUUAAGUACAAGACCCAGGAAGAGGCCCAGCGCGCUCAGCAGGAGAUCCAGGCCCAGUACGACGCCCUCGGAGGCGCCACUCACAUUUCGGACGAGGGAGUGGCCCCCAUUGCCAGCGUCUCGAAUGGCUCCCUCAACCUGGGCAGCUUUGCGCCCCAGCUCUCCCAGGCUGGCCAAACCAUCAUCCAGCCCCAGGGUCAGCCCAUUGUUCAGCUGCAGUCCCUUAACCCGGGGGUCCAGCAACAAAGCUCCUUUGUGCAGCAGUCCACCGCCUCUUUUGCUCCCUCGCUGCCAUCUAGGAAGUACGUGCCGGCAAAGACUUUUAAAUAAGUUUAUGUUCCAUUAUGUACAAUUCCUAUCGCUUCCAUUGUUUUAUAUCCAUUUUAAUUUAUUCUUUUAAUGCGAAACUCGAAAGAAAUAUAAAAGAUUUUAAUCGAAUCCCAAA